CAACUUCUACUACGUGAGCAAUUACCAUUAGCUGCUAAAUCGUUUCAUUCAAAACGGGAUUAUGUAAAUAAUUCAUCUUCUGUCAAUUAUCCUUAAUGUAAAAUAAAUACGCGUCUGGACUGAGAACAUCGCGAUUUCAAUUACUCCACCCCCAUAAUCCUGCGCGGACCCAUCAUGGCGGCGCCCGUUGCGGCCCGGAGCUGCAGUGCGACGGUAAAUGUUGUGUCACUUUGGCAAUACAUUUGGAAGAGAAAUAUUCAGACAACAGCAUCAUGUUUAAAGAACCGAGCAGCCCGCAUUCGAGUUGCCAAAGGUGAUAAACCAGUUACCUACGAGCAGGCGUAUCCACCUCACUACAUCGCUCACAGGAAAGGCUGGCUGUCCCAGCACACAAGCAAUCUGGAUGGUGAAGAGGGAGCUGCAGAUCGCACAAUCGAAGAUGUUUUCAUCCGCAAGUUUAUUUAUGGCACAUUUCAUAGAUGUCUCGCCAAUGAGAUUGUAUUGAAGAGAAGAGCAAAUACCAUUGUUAUCUGUGCCGUCUUCAUUCAGAAACUUCCUCCACAGAAGUUUUAUUUUCUAAUAGGCUAUACAGAGACACUACUCUCCUACCUGUAUAAAUGUCCAGUCAAGAUGGAAGUGCAGACAGUGGAUAAGAAAGUCGUGUAUAAGUAUAUCUGACAGUCUGUAAAGGAGCGAUACUCCCUGGAUAUUGAAUGAGUGGUAGAACCUGAUUUAUUUUAAAUAAACAUUUGCUCUACUUGUGGGU